AAAUUGUUUCUUGGAGUUGAGAGAAGUGCCGCUCGGCAAAAUAGGACAAGUAGACGCAUGUGGGAGCGGAGCGCACAGGAAGGCGGAAUACACGCAGUAACGAUAGCUCAGUGUUUUACUAACCCGGGGUUUAGAAAAAGAAGAUAUAUAGAGGGAAGGAAAGAGGAAGAGAUUCAAACUGCUCUACUUUCCUGUCGGGGUGUUUCUAGGCUAUCUGCCCGCAACCUCAACAAGAAAACGCAGCCUUUGCGGAAUAGUCACAUUGAAGACGACACGUGUGGAUGCGUAACCACAUGUUUCCCGGGAGGACUGCGGUCUGAUUCCUUUUUGUAGCCACAUUGUUUUUUUGUUUAGUUUUUUUGUAUUUCUUUUCUCAACUCGGAUGAUGUCAGAGGUGGAUGUCCCCGCAGACUGUGACCCCAGCAGCCGCCCACCGGGUCGGACAGAGGACAUGUUGAAAGAGAACCAGGAGAACAGGACUUUACUGAUGGUGGCGAUGGUUCUGUUGGACUUAAACAAGUACAACCCUAACGCCAUCGGCGCUGGAGACGGCAGAGGUCUCGGCGGCAGCGACGCAGGAGCGCAGGACAAGGUGGAGCGGGGGGGUUGCCGGUUGAAUGCCGGCGGGGACAGCCGGGGAUCGGGUGCACCCAAACAGUCCCGGAGCAAGAAGGCGGCGGCGGUGAGACAGGAGUCUCUUGAGAAGAGACACUGCUGUCCUUUUACCGGCUGUGGGAAGAUGUACGGAAAGUCAUCCCACCUUAAAGCCCACCUAAGGGUGCACACCGGUGAGCGCCCCUUCGCGGCACCCUGUCCAGACUGCGGCAAGAAGUUCUCCAGAUCAGACGAGCUGACGCGUCACUACCGCACACACACGGGCGAGAAGCGCUUCAACUGUCCGAUGUGUGACAAGUGCUUCAUCAGGAGCGACCACCUGACUAAACAUGCCCGGCGACACGCAGGCUUCCAUCCCAGCAUGCUCCAGGGCUCCAGUGCGGCCAAGAGACGCCGCAUGUCCGUGUCCUCAUCUGACUCUGGAGACCGAAGCCCUGUUGGGGUGUGAGACACGCCCGCACUGCUGUACAGUACACACACAAAGGUACAGGCAGUAGAUACAGAGGCACACACACACACACACACACACACACAGACACACACAUGUGUGUGGUGCGUGCAACUUUUACACAAAUCCUGUCAAAUGAAUCAACUCAACCAGCCAAAACCAAUUUUUUUUUUUAAGUUCUAUGCAUGUGACACUGUGUAACAGAAACCGUUUGGACCUGAGCGUAGUCGAACUAGAACUAGACCCUUCUUACUCCCUGAGCUGACUGGGAGGUCCUCAGGGUUGUUCAUUUGUUGCUACGCUUAGGCCUCGCGUCCACAAUUCUUCUGUUUCCGAGUCCCUUUGGAAACGAAGACAUUUGGAAACCCUGACGCCGCCCCCCCCCCCUCCGGGGUCGCUUUGUAGUCUGGACAGUAACACAAUAAGAGUUCUUUGGAAACUACGAGUCCUUCUUAUUGGUUAGGCAGGCUUUCCAGUGAGGUUCCACCUCGUUGUCAGUCCAAGUGUAAUAAAUCCCGGGGCUUACCUAUUGGCAUUGUUGUUCUUUCUCCAAAGUAUUUUCUGUAUUUUCAACCGUGAGUAACGUAAUCUGCUUUCUGUUCACACCGGCAUGCGCAUGCCCAGUGUAUUAGAGCCCGACCGAUAUAUAGAUCGUAUCGGCCGAUAUUAGGCAUUUCCCGAUCUAUCGUAUUGGCAUUUGCAUUGGCAUUUAUACUGGCCGAUUUCAAAAAAAAAAAAAAAAGGACUGUCAAACAUGUUAUGAGUGUUGGCGUUGCAUAGUCUGUCCACCAGAGGACGCGCUACAACGUCCCACUGGUAGAGCGAGUUUUUUUUUUGUUAAUCCGUUUUUAUUCAAAGGACUUUAAGUUUAUAUUUUUUAUACAUUUCAUUUAGAACUUUUAUAUACUUUGAUGUUCCUCUGUUCUGUUGUGACAAUAAAACAAAUUAGUAUCAUACUAUUUUAGAAUAAUCUUAUAAAUAACUACAAAUAACUAAUGUUAGGGAAAUCUGUUUAUCUUUUGUAGCGGGUUUCUGGAUUUCUUUUUUAAAUAUAUAUCGAAAUAUCGAAUUUUUAAAUUACCAAUUAUUCGUAUCGGUAUCGACCUUAAAAUUCCAUUGUCGGUCGGGCUCUACAGUGUAAGUGAAUUAAGGGUGGGGGCAAAAAUCGAUACAGCAUAGUAUCGCGAUAUUUUCUGUGGCAAUACUGUAUCAAUACACAGGCGCCAAGUAUCGAUCUUUUAUUAAAUACGCGUUGGUCGGUUGGUCUGCUCGACAAUCCCAUUUUGCAGCAAUAUAAUCCGAGAAAUGUAUCUUUUUAGAUAAAACAGAUGUUGACAAAGUUUCCUUUUGGGGACGUCAUUUGAAAUUAGGAAAAAUUAGAAGUUGGAAAAAAGGUAAGAAAUUAUAAUAGAUCGCAGAAUAUCGUAUCGUGACAUGAGUAUCGUGAUGUUAUCGUAUCGUGAGUCCCACUCCUAGUGUGAAUGUUCAUGCGAUGUGCGCUGUCAGACGUGUUCAUAUGGACGGUAUGAGUCCCGCUACGGAGCUAUAACUCGUGUGUGGACGGAGAUUGUUUUUGUCUCAAAACGCCCCUUAAAAAACACUUUUUCACUGGCAGUCGAAAGACUUUUCCAUGUCAAGACCGUAACGACUCAUGCUAAGUUCUGUUAACCUUAAACAAGGCCGACUGUACCUCCUCGGAGGGUUUUGUAGAAUAAUUUCUACAUUUUUUUGGAAAUACUACCUGAAUAAACCUGGUCAAAUCCUU